UCAAAAACUUCAAGUUUUUUGGAUCUUUUCGCUUUAAAUAAAAAUAUUUGUUGAUAAAAAGUUGUAAUUCUGGAAUCUGGAAGGGUUGGUUGAGGACAUUUCAAAUUUGAAAACUUUUCUGUGUGAAGCUACUCUCUGCCCAUCAGGCUCAAAGUCUACCAAACGUUGGAUUCUGCUGUAUUCGUGACUUUUUAGGAAAAUAUUAUUGAAAUUGCUUUCUUUUUUAGAAAAAUUGGGCAAAAUCCGUGUUCUUUUGAAAGUAUCAUUGAACAUUUCCAGUCUGUUCACUUGACGAAUCUUUUGGUUUUCUCGUGGAAAAAAUGAGACAGAAACGCGCAAAGACUUACAGAAAGUUGAUGCACACGUAUCAACUUGUUUUUGGUUUUCGAGAACCAUAUCAAGUUCUAGUUGAUGCUGAUUUUAUCUCAGAUUUAACGAAAUCAAAGAUGGAUAUUAGGGCUGCUAUUUCUAGAACCGUGCAAGGAGAUAUAAAACCAAUGGUUACUCAAUGCUGUAUACGACAACUGUACAGUCGGUCCCAGGAAGCAAAACAAGAAAUUCAAAUCGCUAAAUCGUUCGAAAGAAGACGUUGUGGCCAUAUUGAUGAAGCAAAGUCUCCUUUAGAAUGUAUGCAGAGCUGUAUCGAUGUUAACGGAAGAAAUAAACACCGAUAUGUUGUUGCAACACAGAAUACUGAACUUCGUGAUUUACUUCGCUCUGUACCCGGAGUACCACUUAUUUAUAUGAAGCGCUCUGUAGUAGUUCUAGAGCCUGCUUCCAGAGCUACAAUCUUGGAAAAGCACGCCAAGGAAUCUUCCCAAAUGGGUUUAUCAAAGGAAGAAAAGUUAAUAUUAUCUGGCAAGAGACCACAUAGUGGGUCUGAAAGGGAAGAAACGGAAGAAACGGGCAAAGAAGAUGAUAACGAAGCUUCUGAAAACGUUGAGGAGCAACCAAAGAAGAAAAAGCGUAAAGGCCCUAAGGGUCCUAAUCCUUUGAGUGUAAGAAAGAAAAAGAAGUCAGCAUCACAAUCUGCUCCAUCUGAAGGUCCCCUUCCAGUAAAUAUCAUUGGAGACGUGGGUCAACGCAGAAAACAUCGUCGGAAGAGAGAUUAAGGAACUUAGCAAUAAAAAAUUUAGAAUCGGGUCAUGCAUAUAUCCUUUUGUUUAGUACGUUAUAAGGUAAUUUGGUAUUGUAUUAAAGAAGC